AUGGUUGAUUGUAUUUUUUCAGAUGUUGCUCAGCCUGAUCAAUCUCGUAUAGUUGGAUUUAACGCUGAUUAUUAUCUCAAGCAAGGUGGACAUGCUGUCAUAUCAAUCAAGGCGUCAUGCAUUGAUUCUGUUGCCUCCCCUGAGGUUGUCUUUGCUAAAGAAGUUGAUACAUUGAGAAAAUUGCAAUUCACCCCCCGAGAACAAGUCACUCUUGAACCUUAUGAACGUGGCCACGCCAUUGUUACAGCUCAAUAUAGGUUUGUUUCUUUGCUAAACUUUAUCUCUAGAGUUCUUAAGAAAUCCGACUAG